GCACUUGCGGAACGGUUUGUAAACAAAAUAAAUACAAUUUUUAAGACGAAAAAUGGCGAGUGAGACCACGAUCGAUCGGAAACUUUCCGAGAUAUUCGGUGAGGCGUACCAUCUGUUGGGCACCUUCGAAACCUGCUACGAGCCCAUCAACAGUCCGGAGUUUCAGGCCAACAUCAAAAAGUGCAUCGGACUGUUCGAGGACUCGACCCGGCUGGUUUCGCUGUGCGGACUGUUCAGCUCCAACGAGGGUUUCGAGGAGGUGGCCACCGAAAAUCUGCGCUACUUUCUGCUGCCCUUCUUUCUGGGCCAGCUCACGCUGAAGCUGUGCAACGCCGAGCGGAAGGAGCUGGUCGAGGUGGCCGAAGUUUACUACAAUGAUUUCCUGCGGCGUUGUGAGGAUUACAAGCUGUGCGAUAAACCGGCAGCUGUGUUGGUGGUGGAUAACGGUCAAUCGUCUGGGGACAAAAUUCAGGAACUUGCGAGAAUGGCACAGGAUCGGAAUGCCAAGCUGAAAAAGUACCAGGAAAAGAAGGAACUGGACGAUCAGAUCAAGCUGCUCAAGGUAGCGAUGGAGCGCGAACAGGUGGACGACGAAAUCAAGCGGGAAUUUUACCUGAAACUGUUGAAGUCGUGCGUGCUGGACGCGCACGAGGAGCUGGUCAGCAUCAGCCAGGAGAAGCAAAUCCUGGAGCACAUCGCCGUCAUGAGGCGAAACGAGCAAGAACACCAGCACAAACCGCCCAAAGGGCCGGCGCCGAAGCCGCUGAAACCGAUCAUUAUCACGCGGGACGCCGCCCAGAAGGCCGUGUACGGGCUGGGCUAUCCGAGCAUGCCCACGAUGACGGUGGCGGAGUUUUACGAGCAGCGCGUCGCCGAGGGCAUCUUCCCGGAUGCCGAGCGCAUGAAGGAGGUCAACAAGAACUCGCUGAUGAACCGCGUGUUCCAGGACAACGCCGCCGAGCUGGACAAGGAGGACGAGGAGAAGGAAAAGCUUGUCGAAGAAGACGACGAGGAAUAUCUGGCCCGGCAGCGCGCCAAGGACGAGUUCAAGGACGAUCACCGUCGCGGCUACGGAAAUCGUCACAAUCGCAGCUAAAUCGAAUCGAAUCGAGCUUGGCGGUAUUAUUUUUUCUCGUUUUGCCUUUGGAUCACGAUGAAAUCCGAGUUGAUGGUUUUUAAGGCAUAGCACAUGAUCAAUUCAUCUAACAUUUUGGCUUGUUGAUUUAUAUCAAAUUUGUAUUGUGAUUUGAAUUAUGAGUGGCGAAUAUAAUAAAAUCAUUAUUCAAUUUUCAA